AUGCUGAACCAUCCUUCCCCUCCCACACGACAGUGCCUUUUACUCUCCCUCCUGUUGCUGGUGUGUGGUUGCAACAAGGCCGCCUGUUCUCUUUGGGAGGGCAAGAAGAUUUGGCAGCAGCCAAAGCCGGACCCCAUCAUCAAAGAUCAGUCUUUCCUUCAUGACACCUUCCCUUCAGGAUUUCUUUGGGGUUCGGGGACGUCUGCCUUCCAGACAGAGGGAGCCUGGGAUCAGGAGGGGAAAGGCCCAUCCAUCUGGGACCAUUUCAUCCACUUCAGUGUCAGCGAUAAUUUGACAUCCGAGACUGCCGAUGUGGCUAGUGACAGCUACGCUCGCUGGGAAGAAGAUGUGGAGGCGCUGGAGUAUUUAGGUGUACGAUCGUACUCCUUCUCUCUCUCCUGGCCCAGACUCUUUCCUGAUGGGGAUGCCAGAGGUAAGCCUAACUCAGCUGCUGUGGAGCAUUACAGCCGUCUCAUAGAGAGGCUUCUGGGAAAGAAAAUUGAGCCCAUUGUGACCCUCCAUCACUGGGACUUGCCACAAGUCCUGCAGGAGCACUAUGGUGGCUGGAGAAAUGACACCAUGGUGGGACUGUUUGAGGAGUAUGCUGCCUUUUGUUUCCACACAUUUGGGAGCCGUGUUAGAUACUGGCUCACGAUGCAUAAUCCAUACCUGGUGGCUGUGCAGGGGUAUGGGACAGGUGUGCACGCUCCUGGAGAAACAGGCGGUCCUGCUGGCUCUCUCCUUGUGGCCCACAACCUCAUCAAGGCACAUGCCAAAGCAUGGCACACCUACAACACCCACUUCCGUCCAGCUCAGAAGGGUAAAGUGUCCAUCGUUUUGGGAUCCCACUGGGUUGAGCCUCAAAGAGGACAAGCCACAGCUGCUAAUGUUGAGUUUUGCCAGCAGUCGAUAGAGGCUGUCCUUGGCUGGUUUGCCAACCCCAUCUUCGGUGAUGGGGACUACCCAGUCUCUUUAAAAAUAAAGUAUGGGGCCCUCUUGCCCACAUUCUCCUCUGAGGAGAAGCUCUGGGUGCAGAACACAGCUGACUUUUUUGCUCUGUCCUUCGGGCCGAACAACCUCCGUCUGGGCCGGGGCCUGGUCCUGUACGGGCAGACUGUGACCCCGGACCUGAGGCGCAUACUGGGCUGGAUAAAGCUGGAGUAUGGGGACCCGAUGGUGCUGGUGACCGAGGGAGGCUGGUUUUCUGAAGCCAGUAUAGGAAAGGAGGACACAGUGGCCAUUUAUCUGAUGAAGAGGUUUAUCAACCAGGUCCUGCAAGCCAUCAAGUUCGAUGGUGUGCAGGUGAUUGGCUACUGCGCCUGGUCCCUUGUGGAUGGAUUUGAGUGGAGUUAUGGCUUCACUGUUAGGCGAGGCCUUUUCUACAUCGACUUCAGCCAACCAAACCGACCCAGGACCCCCAAAACCUCUGCUCAGUACUACAGGCGUGUUGUCGCUGACAAUGGUUUCCCCAGUGAUGAAACCUCCAGAGAGAUCAAAGGCCGUUUCCCCUGCGAAUUUCACUGGGGUAUUGCUGACUCCACUUUACAGGUCCACUUCUACCCUUUCUCACCACAGUUCACUGACCCCCAUUUGUACAGCUGGAACCUGACGGGGGACGGAUCGUUGCGUCCAGUCCCGGGGGUGAAGAUGCACACCAGACCAGCCCAGUGCACGGACUACUUGACCAUUCGUGGUCAUCUUAGCCUGUUUGCGUCCACUGGGGCAUCUCACUACCGCUUUGCUCUAAACUGGUCUCUGAUUUUACCCCACGGAGACCUCUCAAGUGUGAACACUGAAGCUCUGAGGUAUUACCGCUGUGUCCUGACCGAGCUCAAGAGGCUGGACCUGAAGGCUGUUGUUAUUCUCUACUACCCCACACACAGAGCUCCAAACCUGGGCUUGCCUGGGACACUGCAUGCCUCUGGAGGUUGGCUCAACUACACCACAGUGGAGGCCUUUCAAGAAUAUGCAGCACUGUGCUACCAGCAGCUGGGGUCCUGGGUUCCCUACUGGGUCACUGUCAAUGAGCCAAACAGACUGGUAGAUGUUUAUUCCAGUGGGAAAGAGAAGCAUCAGGCAGCUCACAACCUUCUUCUGGCUCACGCAAAAGCUUGGAAGCUGUAUGAGAGGGAACACUUUAGUGAACAGAGAGCACUUGUAUCACUCGCAUUACAUGCAGACUGGGCCAAACCUGCAAACCCCUUCCUGGACUCGCAUACGGCAGCAGCACAGAGAUUCCUUUUGUUUGAACUUGGUCGUUUCUUAGACCCGUUGCUUGGGACUAGAUAUGAGGAGAAGCAUAGCAAGGGGGACUACCCACAAGAAAUGAAGGCAUACCUGGAGGAGAGAGCUCGAGUAAUGGGCCUCCCUGGAUCACCUCUUCCUAGCUUUACUGAGGCGGAGAGGGAGGAGCUGAGAGGGUCAUUGAGUUUUAUCGCACUGAACCAUUUUACCACCCGUUUGGUCUCUCCAUAUCCAAACACACAGGCCAAUUUUCAGCAGAAACAACACCCUGAUCAUGGCUGUCUGGUCCUUUCUGACCCCACCUGGCCCUCCUCCAGUCUGGGGCAGGCUGUUGUACCCUGGGGCCUACGGAAGAUCCUGAACUGGAUGAGCCAGAGAUAUGGAAGGGCUCUACCUAUCAUUGUCACAGCCAGUGGGGUUGAUGACCAGGCUCCUGUGGACGACAAACUCAGGCAACACUUUCUCAGGAGUUAUCUGCAGGAGGCCUUCAAAGCUCGCCAAAUAGACGGAGUAAACCUGCAGGGCUUCUACGUGUGGAAACUGCAAGAUCGCCAUGCCCCGCAGUUUGGCCUCUUUACCUCAACCCACCACCAAUCCAAAGCCAAAGCCUCCAUCGCUGUCUACAGAGAAAUCAUCACUCAUGGCGGUUUCCCUGAGGACAACACCAUGCAGACCUGCAGGUUUAGUGAGCUGCAUGAACCUUGCUCUGUAUGUGCAUGGAUGUUCAAGAAUAAAGCCAUGUUUGUCUUCGGAGGUUUCAUCUUAAUAACAGCUGUUAUGUUGGCAGCACUUGUCAUAUUUGUCGUCAUCGCCAAGAGAAACCAAACAAGAGGUAGGGGGAGGGGGGUGAACAGGAGGAGAAGAAGGGAGGGAGUCCCUGUAUGCUUGUGUCCUCCUGUUAAGUGCUAACUGUAGAGACAUUGAUUCUGUAAUGUGUAGCAGACAAACUGUGUGUGGUUCAUUGACAGAAAAGAGAAAUGAUCUAUAAUUGUGUCUCGUCCAAUAAUGCAUCAAUUGUCUCUGUGCUUAUGACGAAUCUGUGAUCAGUUUACCAACAAAUACUGUCAAUAAAAAGUGUCUCCAGACAUUUUACUGUAAUAACGGACUAUUAAGAUGGAAGGUUAGGAAAAUUGGGAAAAGCAAUUUUGUCAGUAUGUUCAUGCCGUUAAAUGAACAUGAGAUCAACAGAUUCACUGAAUGCCAAAGACUGGCUCACAUGUUUUAUAGUUCACUAUAAAAAAAGAAGAAAAUGCUUUACCUAAUUAAUGACCUUACCUUUGACCUCCAUCGGUCAAUGCCAUGAAUCUAGUAUUGUAAUAAAGUCUGUCAGUGAUGAUUAUAUUGUGUUGAUCCGAGUAAAAUGCGACUUGAAUAUAUUGUAUUUGAUGAGCUGAUUUAAUUGUGGAUUAUACAAAUCUUUGUAAGACCAAGAUUUAAAAAUGAUUUACAAGUGGUAUCCACUUCAAACACUAGAUAUGACAUUUACUGUUUGAUGCAGACUGUGUGAAUCUCCACUGGACAAUGACGCCCCCUAGUGUCACAGUUAGUCGCUCUGAUAAUGUGAAACACGGGUCUUUCUUUUGCUAAAAAUGGGAAGAAUAAAAUAAAGUGUACGCUAAUGUAUUUGUGUCCACCAAUGUUUGUGACUGUGGACCAUUGAGAUAACUUUGUAUUUUAGAGGUUGGCACGAUUGUUCUUAGGGGUUGAGUCUGCAUUAGAGCACAGCUAAGCAUGUAACAUACCUGGAUGACUGCGUCUCCAUCACUUUGAAUCAGUAGCCUUUAUCUUUAAUUGUUCUUCUAAAGUGCUUCUCUGGGGAUGUUCUGGUCAAUGAAGAGUAAAGGUUCAAAAGCAUAUAUCUUUGAUUUGCAUGAAGUAGUGUUUAUGACAGACAGACACACAGGUUUAAUUGGGAUCAUAAAAUAAAAAACAGGUGCUUGCUGCAGUAAUGGAAAGCGACUCUUCAUGUGAUACAUACACAAAACCUAAAAACCUGCUAAUAAGAACAGAGUUAAAAGUCAAAUAUCACAUGGUAAUGAUUUCAUGUAAUCUGCUCUUCGUUGUGUGAAAUCAUGUUUACCUGUUUAGGUUUGUUCUUUCACUUUGUAUUAAAAUGUGAUCUAAAA